AUGUUGUCGAUAAGGUCGUUGUUUUCUUCAACAACAUGGUAAGUUGGCAGAUUUUUUACAUUUGGAGUAGUUUUGACUUUUAAAGCGUUUAAUAUAGAGGUGUUAAAGGUAUAAUGAUAUAUUUUCAGCCGAUGUCGAGUUGUUUCGGUUCAAAAAUUGUAUUCCACUGAACCGAAGCCUGAAGAAGAUGUUUUUGAAGAAAAGAAAGUUGAAGAGAAGAAAGUGUAAGCUUAUUUCAAAAUUAUUUUUGUGGUUUAGGUUUAUCAGCAGGUAUUAAAACAUUGGAUUUUGAUAUUUUUACAAAAUGGAUUUUGUGUUUUUAAUCUUUUGAUACUUUUAGGCAUUACGAUCCAAAAUCCAUUCCAAAACCACUGGACCAUCGACUUCGAGGUGAUCCAUAUGACUUCAAACGUCAGGAGAAGUUUGUGGUAAGAUAACUUGAUUUAUAAUUUAAUUUAUGUUUUAAAGUAGCCUUUUAUAGUAUUACGAACAGUUUUUUAAUUUUGAAAGGAAUUAAUUAUUUUAAAAGAACUCAAAGGUAAAUAUAGUAAACGCUUUGAUUGAUGUAUUAUAAGUAACAAAUUAUUUUUUCAGUUGCCUGGAGUGGCGGAUUAUUCGUACAAUCGGCUUUAUGAUUACUACAAAAUAGGUGAAAUUGUAGACAGUUUGCCGUCGUUGGAGGAAAAGAUUGCUUUUGUAAAUCCAUACGAAAGGCCUUGGAAGAGGGACGAGAAGAAGUGGCAUAGGUAAGACUUUGCUUGUUUUUUUUAUUUCUCGAUUUUAGGUUUGGGAAAAUGCUUUUAAAUGUUUAAAAGCUGUUUGGAGAAUGUUUUUGGAUUAGAUAUUACAAUGACUUUGUUAUUAUUUGGUAUCAUUAUUACUUUUAUACAUUUUAAUUACUAACUGAUCUUGUUUUACAUAUCUUUUGCUUCCAGAGAAUUCAUGAGCCCUUUGCACGCUCCUCGAAAAGCCUACAGCGUCCCAGUGUUGCCGAAAUACUUUGACACACUUGAUUUCUAUGGCUAUAUUACAAAAACGGAUUUGUUAAAAGGAGGAACAGCUCAAUAUUACAAAGACAUUCAUCUCCCAACGACAAAUUUCGAAGAGAAGGUCAAGAAUAGUAUUUUGACGGUUUUAAAGGAGGAAGACGUUGAGAGUUUUGAAAAGCUGAACAAAGAUGCGAUCGAUCGUCUAUUGAAAAGGAUUCUGGACGAUGCUUUGAGUUCAUUGCCAGAACAGAAGCACAAGUUUGCUGAAUUGAGGGUAGGGUGCUUUGAUAUGGAUUUAAGGAUAGCUAAGGGUUUUUUUUUUGGUUUUUUGUAUUAAAAAAUGGUUUUAUAUAGUUAAAAAAUUGGCUUUAUCUUUUCAAUUUCGUUAUGUUUUUUUUUGUUUUAAAACUUAAAAUAGGAUUUUGCGUUAUAAUUUUCAUGGUUUGCAUUAAAAAUCAUUUUUAGGUAUCUCACAACCCGCGAUGUGAAUCAUUUUGGAUAAAAGCCGGAUUUGGGCAUCUGUACAAGGUUCAAAAAAUAGAUGAAGUUGUAACCAAUAGAAGAUUGAUGAGAAAGAUCCCUGGAGAUCAUAGGUUAGACUUUUAAUAUUUUUUAUCUUUUAGGCUAACAUAAUAUCACAAUUUAAUGAUCUUGGAAUGUUGCUAAGUCUGUUUUAUAAGGCGUGAUGUUUCUACGAUCGUGUAUUUUAUUGGGGGCAGAGAGUACCUUUUUGGGCAGAAAAGUCUAAUAUAUUGUAGUAGAUGGGCAAAAAAGGCAUAUAUAUUGUAGUAGAUUGACCCAAGUCAAAAGUAAGAUAAUUCCAAUGUAAGAAAUACAAAAAAUUUCAGGCAAAAGCUAGGAGAACUCGCCUUUACAUGUCGAGAUGAGUUUGCGGUUAAUGUGCGAUCAAAGACCCCACUAAAACCAUUGGUAAAGUCAGUGCCAUCGGAAAAGGAAACAGUACCGUUACAUUUGCUUAAUGAACCAUUAAAUCCAAUGGUUUACAACUUGUGGCCUGAUGAAGAACCACUAUGGCAAUGUCCAAAUUAUGAACCAGAAUCGGGUAAGGUUUCUUUGAUUUUUUGGCGAUUUUAGGUAAUAUUUAUGUGAUAGGAUUGCUGGUAUUGAUGUAAAAUGGAAGGAUUUAAGUGUAAAACAAAUUUGAAGUAACUUAAGUGGAUGUUCUAGUUAAUUUUCGAUAUUCAAACGUUAAAAAGUUAUGCUUUGGAAGCUUAAAAUAUACUAUUGAAGAGAUUAAAUAGAGUUAUCUUCUAUUUUAUGAAUAGCUUGAAGUAAUGCCAAUAUUGUUUUAGGUGAAACCCAUCGUCUAGCUCAAGUAGCCUUCAAGAACACGUUAGACAUGCGAAAACGCUUCGAAAUGUGGGAAAUGGAUCAAGAUGAACAAGAAGAAACCCAUAAAGAUCUUUACAAGUCCAUGGCCAUCACAAGUCUUUUUAAUUGGAACAAUGGCCAAGCUCAUUGCCAAGGGUUCACACAGUACAACGAUCUGAAAAAACCAUUCACUUCCCAACUAGUACUCUCAAAUGGCAAAGAAUUCAGUUUUGCCGUUGGCCAACUCAACACCUUGGCCAUUAAUGUCGAAUGCAAUGGAUUCAUCAAUGAUAAGGUCAAUUAUGUUACUGUAGAUGAACCAUUGAAUUUGUUUGAAAGUAUUGAGAAUGGACAAUUCACACACAAGGAUUCAGAAGGCAACGAAAAGCCAGGCUUAAACGAGAGUGUACUACAGAAUAUCUUGAGGACAAUCGUUGUUUGA